AUGGCAGCAGAACUUGGCUUGUUCUCUCUGACCCAACUCCAAAACCUAGCCCAACAACAACAACAGCAGCAGCGUCGACCUGCGAAUGAAGAGGAUGACUCUUGGGAGGUGAGAGCAUUUGCAGAGGACACGAGCAGCUCCAUGGGCACAACAUGGCCGCCGAGGUCCUACACGUGCAACUUCUGCAGGCGAGAGUUUCGAUCAGCGCAGGCGCUCGGCGGUCACAUGAACGUUCACCGUCGUGACCGUGCUCGCCUUCGUCAGCCACCGCAGGUCCCUGAGCCACCACCUGUGAUGAUUCCUUCCGGUGAGUUUGUGGCCAAUGGUGGGCUCUGCCUUUUUUAUCCAGUUCCAAACUCUUCUUCAACUUUUCUGUCUGUGUCUGCAUAUGAACAGGCAGUUAACUUGCCUACUUCGUCGAUGAAUCUCGGCGAGUCACUUUUGGGCAAGGUCGGAAUGGUGAGAGAUGCGAGUGAGGGGAGAGAUGCUAGUAGCAAUGAUGAUGGAGGAAUCGUUGAGGAGUUGGAUUUAGAGCUUAGGCUUGGCUGGUGA